CUGAAGCGGGUCGGGUGGUCGACGCGUUCCCUGUCGUCAGUCCAUCCUCACUGUGUUUUUUAUGAUUAGGCCACUCAUUAAAACGCGCAAAAAACAAAAAAGAAAAAGAAGGAAACUGGAACCGGCUGUCACUAGAAUAAGGGCUGUUUCUAGGCCAGCUAAUUCCCUCCUCUGGACCUUGACCUUCCACCUACCCUUUCCCACUCUGCCACCGCUACUAUAUAUACACACUCACGCACCCACCGCUACUCUCAGUCCAUUCUUAUUUUUCCGAUUCUUUAUUCAUUUUCCCCAUCAAUAAAUAAAUAAAUACAUACCCAACAUUUUGGUUUCAAAUUUAAUUCAAGAUUUCCGACAUGGCGGGCCGUACACUGGAAUCCUCUGUCCAGCCAGCUGUUGUUGAAUACUCCGCCGCCGACGUCGAGAAACAGUCGGAGGUAGCCGCAAAGGGCAGCAGGACCAAAAUUGUUAUGCUCGUAUUCUCCGCCGUGUUCUUAAUCGCCUCCGCCGCUGGGGUGGUAGCUUGGGUAGGAUUGGGGAAACCAUCUGAGGAGGUCAGGGUUAAUGUGAGGCCUACUCGGGCAAUUUCCCAUACCUGCGGCAACACGCGUUACCCGGAACUCUGCGUCGACUCGCUGAUCAAUUUCCCGGGCGCGCUCACGGCGGCAAAUAGUGCCGAGAUCAGUCACGUUUCGGUCAACUUGACCCUGCAGAAGUUCGGGCUGGCAUUGACCUUGGCGCCCGACAUUGGCGCCAUUCCGAUGAGUGCCCUGGAGCGGUCGGCGUACGAUGAUUGCAUCGACCUCCUCGGCGAGUCGGUGGACCUUCUAUCCCAGUCCCUGACCGCCAUCGGAGAACAGAGGUCGUCGGAGGACGUCCAGAAUUGGCUGAGCGCCGCAUUGACAAACCAGGACACCUGCGAGGAGGGGCUUCAGGAAGCCGGCGGCGGGUCGCCGGUGAAGGCCCGUAUGACGGAGAAUUUGAAGGACUUGUCCGAGCUCGUAAGCAACUCUCUAUCCAUCUUCGCGCACCAGGCGAAGGACGACGAUGACUUCGCCGGAGUGCCGAUUUCGAACCGACGCCGGAGAUUGUUGGAGGAAGAGGAUUUCCCGGAAUGGGUAUCUCGGAAGGAACGGAGAUUGCUUAUUGACACGCCGGCGUGGAAUAUGUCCGCCGACAUCAUCGUAUCAAAAGGUAACAGAACAUUUAAUCGGACAGGACGGGCGACCAGGAUAGUGAAGACGAUCGGCGAAGCGAUCAAGUUGGUGCCGGAAAACAGUACUACCCGGACAGUCAUUUAUGUGACGGAAGGAAGAUACGAGGAGAAGAUUCUGAAAAUUGGAAAAAAGAAAACGAAUAUAAUGCUGGUAGGAGAUGGAAUGCGCAAAACAAUAAUUUCAGGAGGAAGAAGCGUCUUCGAUAACAUCACCACCUUCCAAACCGCCUCUUUCGCUGCGACUGGAAAUGGUUUCAUUGCAAGGGACAUAACCUUUGAAAACUGGGCAGGAGCUGCCAAGCACCAAGCCGUAGCUCUCAGGGUGGGCUCGGAUCAUUCUGUCAUCUACCGCUGCGAGAUCACCGGGUACCAAGACACCCUCUACGUUCACUCGCAGCGGCAGUUCUAUCGUGAAUGCGACAUCUACGGUACGGUCGACUUCAUCUUCGGUAACGCUGCCGUGGUCUUCCAAAAUUGCAACAUUUAUGCUCGGAAGCCAAUGUUGAGCCAGAAGAACACCAUCACGGCCCAAAACCGAAAAGACCCUUACCAAACUACUGGCAUGUCCAUCCACAAUUGUAGCAUUUUGGCGGCCCCGGACCUCAAACCAUGCCAGGCAAACUUCUCGACAUACCUAGGACGACCGUGGAAGAUGUACUCGAGAGCCGUCGUCAUGAUGUCGUUCAUCGACGAUCUUGUUCAUCCUCAGGGCUGGCUAGAAUGGAAUACGACAUUCGCCCUUGACACGUUGUACUACGCCGAGUAUAAUAACACCGGGCGCGGGGCGUGGUUGGCUCAACGGGUGAAGUGGCCCGGAUUUCAGGUUCUCAAAACCGCAUACGAGGCUAGCAUGUUCACCGUUUCUAAGUUCAUUUUUGGGUCAACAUGGCUUCCUCAAACCGGAGUUGCUUUCGUGGCUGGAUUGACUACUUCUUAGUACGGAGUACUCUGCACUAAGUCAAUUUAUAUUUGGGCCCGGCGUUGAUUAACUGUUAAUUUCUCAUGUACACUACAUUUGGGCCGGGCGGGUAGUACAUACUCCGUAUAAUACUCUUUACGUAACACAUAUUCAGUGCCUCAUAUACACCAACCAACAUAAAUUGGUUUCAUUUCAUAGAUGAUCAUAUAAUUUAAUUAUUAUAGGCAAUUAUUUGGAACUACAAAAUAUGUAUACCUAAUGUGGAUUGCUGACGUGGAAGCUAGCUAGCUAGGACGAUGAUCGACAUUGUAACUCUGAAGUUGGAGUUUCUUUAUUUGUAUUGAUUGCAAUUCAUUCAACAAUCCUGUAUUUAGUACAUUGAAGUAGGUGGUCAAAAUUAAUAAGGAAAAGAAGAGUUUAAUUU